AUGAACGAAACUAUCAUUGAAUCCGGGCAAACGAAAGAAAUGCAGCUCGAGUCGCAAUCUCGGUGCGCAAGCAUCAAUCCCCAUACAACAAUCAUCCAAAUAUGUUUGUUCUUAGGAGAUAGCAGGGUGUCUCCAGACGUCGGAAGUACGACGCACACUCUUUACGAUGUGGCUCAUGAAGAGUGGGGGACCAUGGUGCAUGCAAUUUUUUCUCCUCAUGAUUCGUGUACUACCGGCACAGGGGCCUGGAUACAACUUCGCGUCGAAAGCGUCAAAGAGGAGGACGAGUAUGAGAUGACCUCACGACUUGCACGAACGGUUCUCGAAAACGAAAAGCUGCUUGUUGUGCAUUCCAUCGAUGAAUUCAUACGCCAAGCGACGGAGAUACUCGAGGAUCCCAUAGCGCAGUACACGAGUCAGCCUUUGAUAAGACUGCAACAAUCAUUGACCAGACUGGAGGAUGACGCGGAGGUAGAGGAACGAGAAGAUGAAGAUGAAGAUCUUGAAGAUCUUGAAGAGAAUGUAGAGAAUGAUGAUUCAGAGUUCCGGAUACCACUGGUUUCGCCUUGUGGGGAGGUUUCAUAUCGUGUACAGGUGCAAAAAGGCGUGCACGCCGCACUUCAGGUUCUCAUGGAAAUGGGCUUGGAAUUACGUAUGAAAUGA